AUGGAAAAAGCAUUCGUUGAUCAUAUUCUCGAGUUCGAAAAUCGACUUUUUGGAUUUAACACGACCGAAAUAAGAAAACUAGCAUUUGAAUUAGCGGCAAGAUUGGGGCCGAGUCACAGAUUUGAUAAGAAUGAGAAAAUAGCGGGCUGGGAUUGGCUGAAAGGAUUUAGAGAACGCAACCCUAAUAUUUCAGUCAGAGCUCCAGAGGCAACGUCAGCUGCAAGAGAUUUGAUUAAGAAUGAGAAAAUAGCGGGCUGGGAUUGGCUGAAAGAAUUUAGAGAACCCAACCCUAAUAUUUCACUCAGAGCUCCAGAGGCAACGUCAGCUGCAAGAGCUAGGGCAUUCAAUAAGCAUCAAGUAACAAAGUGUUUUUCUCUUUUGGAAAAACAAGUGACUGAUAACGAGAUCCAGCCACAUAGAAUUUACAAUGUAGACGAGUCUGGACUUGACACAGCUCAAAAGCCCCCAAAAGUUUUUGCUUCCAAAGGCAAAAAACAAGUCGGCGCUGUCACUAGUGCUGAACGCAAAAAAAAUCACAAGGCCGAAUACUUUGACGGUGCUCCUUCCGGCACUUUAGAGCUGUGCUACCCCACUGGGUAUAUGGUCGGCGACUUAUUCUUGAAGUGGUUGCGUCAUUUUGUAGCCUUUGUGAAUGCUUCUGUAACAAAUAAGGUCCUGCUAAUCCUUGAUGGUCAUUCCAGCCACAAAAAUAUAGAAGCACUGGAAUUUGCCAAAGCCAACGGUGUGAUAAUGCUCUGUCUGCCACCACAUUGCACUCGCCGAAUGCAGCCAACUGAUGUAGCAUUUUUUGGUCCACUUCAGGCGUAUUAUGAUCGCGAGAUGGCAACCUGGAUGAAGAGCCAUCCUAGCAGAACCGUAGGCCUAUACCAAGUUGCUCAAAUUUUUGGAAAAGCCUACGAAACUGCAGCAUCUGUCAAGAAUAUAACAAGUGGGUUUGAGAAAACUGGGAUUUAUCCCUUUAAUCCACACAUUUUCUCAGAAGAUAUGUAUUUGCCUAGCGAAGUUACAGAAAACGAAUUGAAUAACAAUGAUGAGCCGGUUGCCAGUAAUUCAUCUCAGCCUCAGCUAAAUCACGAAGAGUCCGAUUCCUCCUACUGA